AUGGUUAAAACUGUCACGUUGUUCCCAGGCGGAGCAGGCGUGAAGGUGCAGGUUUUUUUGUGUUUUGUUGUUGUUGUUGUUGCUAUUGAUUUAGCAGCGACGACGAUGGUGGGAUGGGAUGCGCCCCGGCGUACCCGUAUAUGGUUAAUCGGCGAGAAGACUCUGGACGCUAACCGCUAUGCCACCAAGAAGACGGUGGCGCAGGGCAUGCUGGACGUGGCCCUCCUCACCGCUAAUGCCUCGCAGCUCAAGUACGUGUUGGAGGUGGGCGAGAAGCACCCCUACUACACAGUCAUGCUGGCCCUCAUCGUCACCUCCCUCGUCCUCCAGGUGCUGGUGGGCGUACUCUUCAUGAUUAUUGGCGCCAUGGACAUUAACGAUCCCGAACAGCAAACUGCCGCUAACAUUUUGAACAACAUCAUCCUCAUCUUCGUCUUCGUCAUUUCCACGGAUAACAUUAUCAUUUCUUCCUUCGGAAUAGACUCUAUGAAAAUAAAUCCUCCAGGUGCCUUUAUCAGCGGCAAUAAAACGGAAUGAGGUAACAAGGGCUUUGACCUGACCACCACUCACCUGUAUAGCCUCUUAUCAUACCAGUCAUCCUCCAUAUCGUCCUCUCAUCCUCCUCCAUACCUGCUAGGCAUCCUCCUCCAUAUCUACUAGGCAUCCUCCUCCACACCUGCUAAGUACCCACCAUCGCUCACACCUGGCGGUGGUGGCGGGAAUGCAGCCGUGGUGGAGAGCCGAGAAUGUGUUGCUGGAGCCCCUGUGAUCACCACCAGUGCCUCUCCCCCACACCUCAGCUCACCACAACAUAACUAUCGUGUAAAUGUCGCCAUGGAACUAUUUCCGCGCAUUACUGAGAGUAUAAAUAUAUUUUUGACACUUCGUGUAAUGGUUUCCGAAAAAAAUUAGCUCGAUCAAUGAAGGUACAUCAAUCAAUAUUCAGUAUUUUAAAAUCAUUUAAAUAGGCCUUCCGUUUACUCAAUCAAGUAAGUCAUCAAAAUUUUAGAGAUCUCUUAUUCCAUUCCGGUAUGAUGUUAAAUCAAGUUUCCUUCAUUGGUUAGCUUUUUUAACGAAAGUAUAGACUAAACUUUUGAAGAAAACGAAGAGCUUUUGGAAUGUAAUUUUUUGUAAUAUAGUAAUUGGAAGUCGAAAAUGGCAAUCUGAAAAAUGUCUACAAAUUGAGUAAAUGAAUGUAUGGAGACAGGCUGGAGUGUGAGCGAGGCCCAGACAGAAGCAGCAUCAGGCUACACUUAACAAAAAAAUUUAAGUAAUAUAUAAGAUAAAAAGAUGUAUUCUUCGGAAUAAUGGGAAAGAUUUUGCUCUAAAUCUAAUAAGCAGAUAGUGUUCUUAACCGACAGUGUUGUCAGAAGUAACAGUAAAAUCUAUGUGAUUCGUAGUUUAAUAGAUUAGUUAUUCACGCCGCCUAUGAUUACAUAACAAGAUUUGUUUUAAUUGUGAAGUAUAAAUUUGUAUGAUACAGUAAAUACAAGAUAAACGAUACAUUACCAGAGAUAUGUCCUCAAGUCCCAAUUAAAGCCAUUAAAUAAAAUUAAUGCUUCACAUUUUACUUCAUUUUCCAUUUUGUUAGUAAGUUCUUCAUGUGAGUACGACGAGGAGCUGGCUGUGCAAGCCAUACAACUCUCCGCACACACAUUUAUAAUAAAAUUAACCAUAAUAUAUUUACUGUAAUAGCAAUUAAUUUGUGUUACUGAUUAAACAUGAAGUAUUAUAUGUUCAGGUGAGUAUGGCAAGUAAAUAAUACUGAUGAUAGAGAGUAGGAUAACUGUUGUCACAUUUGAGGGUACCUCCAUAUAUUGCUACCCCCCCUGGCACAUGCUGUGUCACUCCUUAUACCUGGCACAUGCUGUGUCACUCCUUAUACCUGGCACAUGCUGUGUCACUCCUUAUACCUGGCACAUGCUGUGUCACUCCUUAUACCUGGCACAUGCUGUGCCACUCCUUAUACCUGGCACAUGCUGUGUCACUCCUUAUACCUGGCACAUGCUGUGUCACUCCUUAUACCUGGCACAUGCUGUGUCACUCCUUAUACCUGGCACAUGCUGUGUCACUCCUAAUACCUGGCACAUGCUGUGUCACUCCUUAUACCUGGCACAUGCUGUGUCACUCCUUAUACCUGGCACAUGCUGUGUCACUCCUUAUACCUGGCACAUGCUGUGUCACUCCUUAUACCUGGCACAUGCUGUGUCACUCCUUAUACCUGGCACAUGUUGUGUCACUCCUUAUACCUGCCUCACGCUGUGUCAUUUCUUCACACUGGCUCAUGCUGUGGCAUCUCCUCACACUUAUCUUUCGUGCCCAACCACUUGGGCUGGACGAUAGAGCGACGGUCUCGUUCCAUGCAGGUCGGCUUUCAAUCCCCGACCGUCCAAGUGGUUGGGCACCAUUCCUCCCCCCCCCCUUCCCCCGUCCUAUCCAAAAUCCUUAUCCUGACCUCGUCCAAGUGCUGUAAGUCGUAAUGACUUGGCGCUUUCCCCCUGAUAGUUCCCUCCCUCUCUUCCAUGACCCAACAGUAUAAUAUAAUGAAAAUAUAUUAUAGCAAGUAAAUAAUACUGAUGAUCGAAAGUUUAUUCACAGAUAUGCUGUGACUAUGUUUGAAAUAUAAAAAUUAUAUGUUAAAAUAUUAUAUAGAUUUAGUAGUAGUGUCAACUUAUCUUUUUCUUUUUAUGAAGAAAGUUAAAAUAGAUUAAUAUUCCUGCAUAUCGAUGUCUAAAUAUAUAUGCAAGAAUUAAGGUGUCAAAUAAAAUUUGACCUGUGCCUUUAUUUUGAUAUGUCAUUGUUCUUAAAUAUCUAGCUGUGUGUCGUAUGUAGAAUGCUUUAGGGGCAUUAGCCCCGUUAAUAUUAUAUAAAUUUAAUGUAAUUAGUUCCUUGGAUUCAUUAGGAAGUUUGAAUUGCUUGACAAUCAUCAUGUAAAAAAAAAUA